AUGGCUAGUUACCCUAAACUUGAAGCUCUAUGUAUCUUCCUUCUCUUUCUCUCGUUUGCAUUGCCAUCUACGGCUGAGCAACGACAGAGACAAUGUGAGUCAAAAUACAAAGGACGAUGCCACAACAAGGCACAAGCGUUAAAUUUGAAAAUAAUCGCCACUGUUUCAAUUCUAGUUGCCAGCAUGCUCGGCGUUUGUCUUCCUCUGUUUACACGCACCGUGCCGGCUUUCCACCCCGAUAAAGAUUUGUUUUUAGUGGUUAAAGCCUUUGCUUCGGGUGUGAUACUAGCAACCGGUUACAUGCACGUGUUGCCGGAUUCUUUUGAUGACUUGAAAUCUCCGUGUUUGAAUGAAAAUCCUUGGAAGAAGUUUCCUUUCACCACUUUUGUGGCAAUGCUAUCGGCCCUUAUGACGCUUAUGGUGGACUCGUUUGCAAUGAGUUAUUGCACGAAGCAUACUAGUAAGGUUGAUAUUAAUGAGAGAGGAGUAUUAUCAAAUACUGUUGAAGAUGGACAUGGAAAAUUCAGUAAGAAUGUGGAUGAAAUGGAUGAAAAAAGUUCUGAAUUGUUGAGGAAUCGGGUUGUGGCUCAGGUACUGGAAAUGGGAAUUGUAGUGCACUCAGUGGUAAUUGGUGUGGCAAUGGGGGCCUCAAAUAAUCCUUGCACCAUAAGGCCACUUAUUGCCGCUCUUUGCUUCCAUCAACUCUUCGAAGGAUUGGGCGUUGGUGGCUGCUUACUACAAGCUGAAUAUGGAAGAAAGAUGAAAGCAAUGAUGGUGUUAUUCUUCUCGGGCACAACUCCAAUUGGGAUCGUGCUGGGAAUUGGUUUGUCAAAUCAUGUAUACAGUGAAACAAGUCCCACUGCUCUGAUUGUGGUUGGUUUGUUGAAUGCUUGCUCUGCUGGGUUACUGAAUUAUAUGGCAUUGGUCGAUCUGUUGGCUGCUGAUUUUAUGGGGCCUAAACUACAAGCAAGUCCGAAGCUCCAGAUGUGGGCAUAUGUUGCUGUUCUUCUAGGUGUUGGCGGCAUGUCAUUGAUGGCCAAAUGGGCUUAG